AUGGACAAAAAGGAGAAGAAAGGAGGCAAAGACAAAGGCGACAAGAAAGCAAAAAAAGAGAAGAAGGAUGGAAAGGACAAGAAGUCCAAAAAGGAGAAGAAAAGAAAAGAUGAUGAUGAUCUAUCUGAUGAGUUCGAGAAUCCUGUAGCGAAGCUGCCAGUGGAAGAAACGCAGGCCACCAAGACAAAAGAUAAGGCCAUGGAGGACGCGCUGUUCGGAAACCUGGAGGACGAGGAGGAGAACAAGAACGCCCCCUUGCCGGUGAAGCAGCUUCCACAAGAUGAUACAGAGGCCCUCAUGGAGCAAGUGGAGGAGCAAGUGGAACGAAACAAGCAGAAAGAGUCUGGCAAAAAAGCCAAGAAGGAGAAGAAGUUGAAAAAAGACAAAAAGGAUAAGAACAAGAAGGACAAGAGCGCAAGGAAAGAUAAGAAGCGGCAAGAGGCUGCUUUCAUCGACGUGCCUUCCAACGUGGUGGAGCACCCAGCGGCGGAGAUGCAGAUCCCGCCAGUCGACAAGGACCUCGAAGGUGAAGAUGACGACAUCUUCGAGAAGUUCGACCUUGGGGAUAAUCUUCAAUUUGACGACAGCGAGCACUUUUCGGACAGGGCGCCGAGCAGCGUCCAAUUCAACGUCCCCUCUCCCGGUCUCGUAACCGGUAGCUCGCCGGGUCGAACACGGCGCGCCCGGUCCGCCAGCCCCUCUCCCGGCAGCGUGGGCAAGCGCCGCCGAAGAUCCGCCACUCUUCCAGCACCUGAAGAGGAAGCGGAGCCCGAGAAACUCGCCGUGAAGUGGGCGCAAGUGAUGGAGUCCAUCAAGCCACGGCGAGGUCUCGUCAUCAAAGACGAGGAGGCCCACGUGUUUGUCGAAGGCUUCGUCAAGAAGAUGGAAGCCAUUGCCGCGGAAGACUUGGAGGAUUACCAGCAGGGAAAGCCCAUGUUGAAGAAGCUGAAGAUGCUUCCAGAGGCGAGAGAGGUGAUGGAGAAAUUCCAGUUUUCCGAUGCCUUCAUCGCGUAUGGUGGGUGCAAGGUCCUUGCAGUCUGGCUGCAGAAUCUACCGAACGGGCAGCUGCCGUCGGUGCACAUUCGCUCUGUGUUGCUGGAAUGCAUGGAACGAUUGCCCAUCACCAAAGAUGCCUUGCGCGACGCCGGUGAGCCCCGGCUUGGACAGGUCGUAGCCAAGCUCCAGACCCAUCCAGAGGAGACCCCGCGCAACCGAAAGCGUGCACGAGGCUUGGUGCAGAGAUGGCUGCGCCAGAUCAUGAUCCCAGAGGAGAUGGAUACUUUGGAGGGCUUCCUGGCAGAAGGUGACAAGGUCGGGAGCAUUCCACGACCGCCGCCAGAGACCGAAGAGAGCUUGGCCCUACAGGAGGAAGAGAGCGCAAAGCGCCUUCAUCCUGCUGUGCCGGUCAUCCAGGGCAAGGAAUACGUGAUCCAGCCGAUUUCCACUGCACAGCCCAUUGCUCGAGAGAAACCGGCCAAAGACACCUAUCAGGGUAAGCUCGACGAAGUCUUGAAAGUCAUGGCUAGGCCAAACAAGAGGUCUGCAUCCAUGCAGAAAAAAGGAUGCAACGCCGGGGUGCUGGAGCGAACUUCGGACUUGGCCGACGGCUCCGUUCUGGUUGUUUCAAUGAGGGACAUUCCGUCAUCCGCUACUGCGCCACCGGACGGGAUUGAGAAGGCCGCAGACUCCGCCACAAGCCAGGCCGACGCCUCACCGACAUCCGGCGGUGCAGAGGAAACGGCGGCCUUGUCGAGCCUGGAAGCUGUGCGAGCAGCGUAUGCCAAACGAGCUGUGCAAGGCUGGGCGCCGCUCACCGACGCAGAAAAAGCCACUCUUAGUCUGCGUCUCCAAAGAGCUGCGCAAGAGUACGAGGGCAAGGAUUCAGAGAUAAGACGCUCCCGGGAAGCAUUGCCUGUCGCAGAGGCGCGGGCGGCCUUUCUCGAAGCGCUGCAGGCUCACCAGGUGGUCAUUGUUGCCGGUGAAACCGGGUCCGGGAAGACAACGCAGUGCCCAAACUUUAUUCUCGAGGCUGCGGCCGCAUCUGGAAAAGGGGGCGAGAUCUCAAUUAUCUGCACGCAGCCCAGGCGCAUAGCAGCUGUUGGCGUGGCCACGCGUGUGGCUGAGGAACGAGGCGAACCUGUCGGCGAUGUGGUGGGCUUUGCCGUGCGCUUGAAUGCUAUGGCGACCAGGUUGACCAGGCUGCUUUUCUGUACCUCUGGCGUGCUGCUGACUCGGCUAAAUGCUUCGCCAGAUCUCGAUGGGGUCACCCACAUCAUUCUGGACGAGGUCCACGAGAGGAGCUUGCAUACAGACUUCCUGCUCACAAUCCUCCGGGAGCUCCUGCGUCGCAAGCCAGACUUGAAAUUGGUUCUCAUGUCUGCCACGUUGCAGCAAAAGAUUUUCUUGGAAUACUUCUCGAGUUUCUUCUCCAGUGCAAGAGAAGUUCCUGUGAUCAACGUCUCCGGUCGCACGCAUCCGGUGACUGUGCGGUACGAGGGGCAGGCGCAGGCCGCGUCCCGCGGUGGUACGCUGGCCCUGGCGGCUGCCGAGGACGAGCCUGAAACCCGAGAGGAGGAGGAUUUUGACGCCCAGAUACGCCGCCAGUAUGGACGUGGUGCCAAGGAGAUCCGCAUCUCGCCUGUGGUUCGCAGCAGUGCCGACUAUCGCCAGAUCGCACGCUUGUGUGCUGCCAUUCUCGGAGGCAACUACGAACCAGACGGCGAAGAUCCCUGGCAAGGCAUCGUCAGUCACCUGCAGGACCCUAGAGUAGCUGCGUUCUGUCCGCCUGGAUUCGGCUUCAGCUUGUUCCGUACAGUCGCAGACUUAGAGCCGACGACUCUUCGCCACUUCACCAUGGCAGCCAUGUGGGAGGUUGUGGGAGGAGCCGACAAGGGUGGCAUCCUCGUCCGUGAAAGCUCGGACCUGUCCUCCACCAUUUUGGACAGCCGCUUGGCCACCGGUGCCAAAGUGAAGGAAGUUCAGUGGCAAGAUGGCCGCCUUGGCUACGAACUCGUCUCGGGUACCGGUCCUGCCAAGGGAUGGGUGACGGUGAACCUGAAGGGCAAGGACCUUUUGGUACAGCUUGAGAAAGAGCUGGCGGAGUCCACCAGCGAGGGUGAGAUUCAGGUGGAAGCAAGCAGCGAGUCAGACGUGGCCAGCCCGACCGCCAAGGUGAUCAACGAGAAGGAGCCCUCGAACGAUGAGAAGGAGGCCCUGAAGCAGUACCUGGACAAGUUCGGUGAGAACAGGACAGGCUCCAACCCUGGCUUCAACCGCAAAGCCUUCCCCUGGGCAGUGAACCAUGCAGCAAAACGCACCACCCCCAAGGAAGCCAUCGAGGCGGCUCUCAUGGCACCGAAGCCGAAGAAGGAGCGCAAGUCUGCACCGACGGAUGUGGAUUCCGAGGGCGAAGAGGUGCCAUUGUGCUGCAGAUGCCUGAUGCCGGUUGGGGAGUUUGCAUAUGAGGGUCGCGAAGGCCGUGGCAGCUGUGUCCAUGCAGAGUGCAUGGCACAAGUCCUUGUGGACGAUGCCCAGAGGCAGGAGGACCGACGCAUGGGCUGGGAGGCGGAGAAGAAGCUGAAGAGCCGCAAGGAGUACGAGAUCGGUUGGGUCAUGGACAGCGUUCCCAAGAACACGACAUGGGCUGAGCGCAUGGGCUGCAGCGCCACUCCUCAGGGUUUGUGCUGCCUUGUGUUCGAUGAGGUGACCCGGACGGUGAAGGUUGCACCAACUUUGGAGCCUGCUGCCGCAGUGAACUUGGAGUACCUGCUGUUGGCGCUGAAGGUGCGGAAGACAGCCUCCCGCGAGCCGUUGUUCUCCCUUGACCCAGUUGACCCACAGAACCUGGAGAAAACUCCGCAGAAGAAGGUGUAUGAACCCAGCUGGUUGGCGGGCACAAGCGUGGGUGACGUCAUGUUCCAAGCCGACUACUUCUUGAAGGAGCUUGCCCUCGGCGAGUACGAGAUGCCCGUUUCCGGCAUGCUGAGCGUGUUCGAUUGGUCCGAGCUUUCCGAUAAGGACAAAGCCUGGGCGGGGCGAGAGUGGUACGUGGUGAAGAAGGCCGAGGUGAGGUUGGCGCAGGACAAGACCCUGGUCCCUUUCGUGAAGAUGGGCGUUGAGGCCCGCGAGCAAGUUGUUACCAAGAAGGGCCUGGAAGAUGCGGCGGUCACUGCUUCCACACAUCCUCUGAAGAAGUUCGCCGACGCCUUCACUCGCAACUUCGACUUGAUAGCGGAGCGCAAGAGCGUCGUCUACCAUGUCCGGGAGUUAGCGAAGGCGUCCGUGCUGGCCAAGUACUUGGUCGACUCGCACACGCGCCUGGAUCCAUCUUGGUACCGUCUUGCCGACGAGAUUGUGAAGUCCACGCCGAAGGAAGCACAUCCAGAAAUCCCACAGCUGUGGAACAUGCGCGGCAACUCCCGCAUUCAGCUGAAGAAUGGCCGGCUCAUUGAUAUGUUCACUGGUGGCCAGCGCAAUCUGCAGGCCAUCUACGGUGGUGUGGAGUUCGGGCUCGACCGCUUUGAGCUGGCACAGCGCCAUGCUCUCCAGGGCCAGACGGGUAUGCAAUUGGGGCAGUCGGGCCGACCCAUGUUCAUGCCCCAGCGGUUCCAGCUCGGACAGCGGGCAGAGAUGCCUCAGGGUGUGGAUCUGAAUUUGGACAAGUUCGACUUGACCAAGCCAGAGCGCUUCGCUGGCAGUUUGCCUCCAUGCAGUGGUGGUCCAGAUUCCUUGGAAGCCAAGGUGACCUUGGGACGGGCCUUCUUGAGAAGCCUGCGAGAACAGGACUUCGAGGACCUCAAGACCGAGUACAAGGAGUUGUUGGUGAAGGUCUUCGGCUCCCCCCAGUGCGACCGCACAGGCGAAGGCGAUUCUUUCAUCCCUCCGGAUCCCAACAUGGAGUACGCCGCCAAGCUCCGUAGCCUCAUCCACGAGGAGAAGUCUCUCCUGGAGCGCCGCAAGCUGCACUUCUGCGACCGCAGCUUCAAAGCUGGCAACCCGGGCACAGACUUCCCGCGCUCUUGGACCUCGCGCUUCCAGAUCGAGAAGGAUGGCGUGGCCCCCAAGUUCGAGGUCUCCAACAAGUCCGGCUUGAGCAAGGUCGAGUUCGACGACAGCUUCCGCAAAGUCUUGGUCUCCGACAUUCUGCCGACGGCCGCCCCCGAGUUCAAGCAGAUCACGGAGGAUGGCACUGUGUUCCGCAUCUACCACAUCGGCAGCCUCGAGGUGCGUACCACGGAAGAGAAGUUCGGCGAAGAGCAGGUGGGUGUUCUGUUCUCGACCUCGGCACCUACCUGGAAUCUGGCAUCGAAAGACAGGUCCCCGAGCAUCUCUGACGGCGAGAAGAUUCAGAAUUGCAAGGUCUACUUGGAAGCUGCUGAGGGUGAGGCACACGGCAACAAGCAACCACACCAUUUCUACAUGGUUUGCCAAACGGCAAGCAAGAACUUAAUCGUCACCGAGAAGCUUGCAACGGGAGCCACCACGUGCGUCGUGAACCCUGCCAACGUGGAAGAUCGGAACUCGCUGGCAAAGCUGCUCUUCACUUCUGAUUGCCUAGAGCAGACAACGGUGCGCUCCUUGAAGACCCUUCAGGGCAACAUGGAUCGCAGCGUGCCAGGUGGCGCUAGCUUGUCCGCCCGCAAGCAGUACGUCAAGGCAGCUUUCAAGCAGGCCACUGGCAAGAGCUUCCACGGUAAGUGGGGUGGCUUCAUUCGACGAUACUCCGGCCCUGGGGUCUUCCUGGGCCGAACCCCUCUCAUGGUGCCGAUGGACCGUAGUGCUGGCUUGAUGAACGGGACUUGGACAGCCAAGAAGAAGUUCGACCUCCUCCAGAUGAAGGCUGAUGCACGUUUCAUCGACAGCUUCUCUUACGCGCGAGAUCCUAGCAGGGCCUUCGGAAGAGGUACACGGCUCAAGCUUAGUUGGACCCUGCAACACGCGACUCUUCGCCACUUCGCCAUGGCUGCCAUGUGGGAGGUUGUGGGUGGAGCCGACAAGGGUGGCAUCCUCGUCCGUGAAAGCUCGGACCUGUCCUCCACCAUUUUGGACAGCCGCUUGGCCACCGGUGCCAAAGUGAAGGAAGUUCAGUGGCAAGAUGGCCGCCUUGGCUACGAACUCGUCUCGGGUACCGGUCCCGCCAAGGGAUGGGUGACGGUGAACCUGAAGGGCAAGGACCUUUUGGUACAGCUUGAGAAAGAGCUGGCGGAGUCCACCAGCGAGGGUGAGAUUCAGGUGGAAGCAAGCAGCGAGUCAGACGUGGCCAGCCCGACCGCCAAGGUGAUCAACGAGAAGGAGCCCUCGAACGAUGAGAAGGAGGCCCUGAAGCAGUACCUGGACAAGUUCGGUGAGAACAGGACAGGCUCCAACCCUGGCUUCAACCGCAAAGCCUUCCCCUGGGCAGUGAACCACGCAGCAAAACGCACCACCCCCAAGGAAGCCAUCGAGGCGGCUCUGAUGGCACCGAAGCCGAAGAAGGAGCGCAAGUUUGCACCGACGGAUGUGGAUUCCGAGGGCGAAGAGGUGCCAUUGUGCUGCAGAUGCCUGAUGCCGGUUGGGGAGUUUGCAUAUGAGGGUCGCGAAGGCCGUGGCAGCUGUGUCCAUGCAGAGUGCAUGGCACAAGUCCUUGUGGACGAUGCCCAGAGGCAGGAGGACCGACGCAUGGGCUGGGAGGCGGAGAAGAAACUGAAGAGCCGCAAGGAGUACGAGAUCGGUUGGGUCAUGGACAGCGUUCCCAAGAACACGACAUGGGCUGAGCGCAUGGGCUGCAGCGCCACUCCUCAGGGUUUGUGCUGCCUUGUGUUCGAUGAGGUGACCCGGACGGUGAAGGUUGCACCAACUUUGGAGCCUGCUGCCGCAGUGAACUUGGAGUACCUGCUGUUGGCGCUGAAGGUGCGGAAGACAGCCUCCCGCGAGCCGUUGUUCUCCCUUGACCCAGUUGACCCACAGAACCUGGAGAAAACUCCGCAGAAGAAGGUGUAUGAACCCAGCUGGUUGGCCGGCACAAGCGUGGGUGACGUCAUGUUCCAAGCCGACUACUUCUUGAAGGAGCUUGCCCUCGGCGAGUACGAGAUGCCCGUUUCCGGCAUGCUGAGCGUGUUCGAUUGGUCCGAGCUUUCCGACAAGGACAAAGCCUGGGCGGGGCGAGAGUGGUACGUGGUGAAGAAGGCCGAGGUGAGGUUGGCGCAGGACAAGACCCUGGUCCCUUUCGUGAAGAUGGGCGUUGAGGCCCGCGAGCAAGUUGUUACCAAGAAGGGCCUGGAAGAUGCGGCGGUCACUGCUUCCACACAUCCUCUGAAGAAGUUCGCCGACGCCUUCACUCGCAACUUCGACUUGAUAGCGGAGCGCAAGAGCGUCGUCUACCAUGUCCGGGAGUUAGCGAAGGCGUCCGUGCUGGCCAAGUACUUGGUCGACUCGCACACGCGCCUGGAUCCAUCUUGGUACCGUCUUGCCGACGAGAUUGUGAAGUCCACGCCGAAGGAAGCACAUCCAGAAAUCCCACAGCUGUGGAACAUGCGCGGCAACUCCCGCAUUCAGCUGAAGAAUGGCCGGCUCAUUGAUAUGUUCACUGGUGGCCAGCGCAAUCUGCAGGCCAUCUACGGUGGUGUGGAGUUCGGGCUCGACCGCUUUGAGCUGGCACAGCGCCAUGCUCUCCAGGGCCAGACGGGUAUGCAAUUGGGGCAGUCGGGCCGACCCAUGUUCAUGCCCCAGCGGUUCCAGCUCGGACAGCGGGCAGAGAUGCCUCAGGGUGUGGAUCUGAAUUUGGACAAGUUCGACUUGACCAAGCCAGAGCGCUUCGCUGGCAGUUUGCCUCCAUGCAGUGGUGGUCCAGAUUCCUUGGAAGCCAAGGUGACCUUGGGACGGGCCUUCUUGAGAAGCCUGCGAGAACAGGACUUCGAGGACCUCAAGACCGAGUACAAGGAGUUGUUGGUGAAGGUCUUCGGCUCCCCCCAGUGCGACCGCACAGGCGAAGGCGAUUCUUUCAUCCCUCCGGAUCCCAACAUGGAGUACGCCGCCAAGCUCCGUAGCCUCAUCCACGAGGAGAAGUCUCUCCUGGAGCGCCGCAAGCUGCACUUCUGCGACCGCAGCUUCAAGGCUGGCAACCCGGGCACAGACUUCCCGCGCUCUUGGACCUCGCGCUUCCAGAUCGAGAAGGAUGGCGUGGCCCCCAAGUUCGAGGUCUCCAACAAGUCCGGCUUGAGCAAGGUCGAGUUCGACGACAGCUUCCGCAAAGUCUUGGUCUCCGACAUUCUGCCGACGGCCGCCCCCGAGUUCAAGCAGAUCACGGAGGAUGGCACUGUGUUCCGCAUCUACCACAUCGGCAGCCUCGAGGUGCGUACCACGGAAGAGAAGUUCGGCGAAGAGCAGGUGGGUGUUCUGUUCUCGACCUCGGCACCUACCUGGAAUCUGGCAUCGAAAGACAGGUCCCCGAGCAUCUCUGACGGCGAGAAGAUUCAGAACUGCAAGGUCUACUUGGAAGCUGCUGAGGGUGAGGCACACGGCAACAAGCAACCACACCAUUUCUACAUGGUUUGCCAAACGGCAAGCAAGAACUUAAUCGUCACCGAGAAGCUUGCAACGGGAGCCACCACGUGCGUCGUGAACCCUGCCAACGUGGAAGAUCGGAACUCGCUGGCAAAGCUGCUCUUCACUUCUGAUUGCCUAGAGCAGACAACGGUGCGCUCCUUGAAGACCUUUCAGGGCAACAUGGAUCGCAGCGUGCCAGGUGGCGCUAGCUUGUCCGCCCGCAAGCAGUACGUCAAGGCAGCUUUCAAGCAGGCCACUGGCAAGAGCUUCCACGGUAAGUGGGGUGGCUUCAUUCGACGAUACUCCGGCCCUGGGGUCUUCCUGGGCCGAACCCCUCUCAUGAUGGACCGCAGCGCCGGCCUUGGGACGUGGACCCCGAAGAUGAGAUUUGACCUCCUUCACACGAAGUCGAACAAGUCUUGUGCUGCCUUGAAAAUCAACCACGAAGUCGGCAUUGUGACAGCCAGAGGAAGAGGCUCAAACUUAGCUGGACCCUGCAACACGCGCCACUUCGCCAUGGCCGCCAUGUGGGAGGUUGUGGGUGGAGCCGACAAGGGUGGCAUCCUCGUCCGUGAAAGCUCGGACCUGUCCUCCACCAUUUUGGACGAACGCUUGGCGACGGGUGCCAAAGUGAAGGAAGUUCAGUGGCAAGAUGGCCGCCUCGGCUACGAACUCGUCUCGGGUACCGGUCCCGCCAAGGGAUGGGUGACGGUGAACCUGAAGGGCAAGGACCUUUUGGUACAGCUUGAGAAAGAGCUGGCGGAGUCCACCAGCGAGGGCGAGAUUCAGGUGGAAGCAAGCAGCGAGUCAGACGUGGCCAGCCCGACCGCCAAGGUGAUCAACGAGAAGGAGCCCUCGAACGAUGAGAAGGAGGCCCUGAAGCAGUACCUGGACAAGUUCGGUGAGAACAGGACAGGCUCCAACCCUGGCUUCAACCGCAAAGCCUUCCCCUGGGCAGUGAACCACGCAGCAAAACGCACCACCCCCAAGGAAGCCAUCGAGGCGGCUCUCAUGGCACCGAAGCCGAAGAAGGAGCGCAAGUCUGCACCGACGGAUGUGGAUUCCGAGGGCGAAGAGGUGCCAUUGUGCUGCAGAUGCCUGAUGCCGGUUGGGGAGUUUGCAUAUGAGGGUCGCGAAGGCCGUGGCAGCUGUGUCCAUGCAGAGUGCAUGGCACAAGUCCUUGUGGACGAUGCCCAGAGGCAGGAGGACCGACGCAUGGGCUGGGAGGCGGAGAAGAAGCUGAAGAGCCGCAAGGAGUACGAGAUCGGUUGGGUCAUGGACAGCGUUCCCAAGAACACGACAUGGGCUGAGCGCAUGGGCUGCAGCGCCACUCCCCAGGGUUUGUGCUGCCUUGUGUUCGAUGAGGUGACCCGGACGGUGAAGGUUGCACCAACUUUGGAGCCUGCUGCCGCAGUGAACUUGGAGUACCUGCUGUUGGCGCUGAAGGUGCGGAAGACAGCCUCCCGCGAGCCGUUGUUCUCCCUUGACCCAGUUGACCCACAGAACCUGGAGAAAACUCCGCAGAAGAAGGUGUAUGAACCCAGCUGGUUGGCGGGCACAAGCGUGGGUGACGUCAUGUUCCAAGCCGACUACUUCUUGAAGGAGCUUGCCCUCGGCGAGUACGAGAUGCCCGUUUCCGGCAUGCUGAGCGUGUUCGAUUGGUCCGAGCUUUCCGACAAGGACAAAGCCUGGGCGGGGCGAGAGUGGUACGUGGUGAAGAAGGCCGAGGUGAGGUUGGCGCAGGACAAGACCCUGGUCCCUUUCGUGAAGAUGGGCGUUGAGGCCCGCGAGCAAGUUGUUACCAAGAAGGGCCUGGAAGAUGCGGCGGUCACUGCUUCCACACAUCCUCUGAAGAAGUUCGCCGACGCCUUCACUCGCAACUUCGACUUGAUAGCGGAGCGCAAGAGCGUCGUCUACCAUGUCCGGGAGUUAGCGAAGGCGUCCGUGCUGGCCAAGUACCUUGUCGACUCGCACACGCGCCUGGAUCCAUCUUGGUACCGUCUUGCUGACGAGAUUGUGAAGUCCACGCCGAAGGAAGCACAUCCAGAAAUCCCACAGCUGUGGAACAUGCGCGGCAACUCCCGCAUUCAGCUGAAGAAUGGCCGGCUCAUUGAUAUGUUCACUGGUGGCCAGCGCAAUCUGCAGGCCAUCUACGGUGGUGUGGAGUUCGGGCUCGACCGCUUUGAGCUGGCACAGCGCCAUGCUCUCCAGGGCCAGACGGGUAUGCAAUUGGGGCAGUCGGGCCGACCCAUGUUCAUGCCCCAGCGGUUCCAGCUCGGACAGCGGGCAGAGAUGCCUCAGGGUGUGGAUCUGAAUUUGGACAAGUUCGACUUGACCAAGCCAGAGCGCUUCGCUGGCAGUUUGCCUCCAUGCAGUGGUGGUCCAGAUUCCUUGGAAGCCAAGGUGACCUUGGGACGGGCCUUCUUGAGAAGCCUGCGAGAACAGGACUUCGAGGACCUCAAGACCGAGUACAAGGAGUUGUUGGUGAAGGUCUUCGGCUCCCCCCAGUGCGACCGCACAGGCGAAGGCGAUUCUUUCAUCCCUCCGGAUCCCAACAUGGAGUACGCCGCCAAGCUCCGUAGCCUCAUCCACGAGGAGAAGUCUCUCCUGGAGCGCCGCAAGCUGCACUUCUGCGACCGCAGCUUCAAAGCUGGCAACCCGGGCACAGACUUCCCGCGCUCUUGGACCUCGCGCUUCCAGAUCGAGAAGGAUGGCGUGGCCCCCAAGUUCGAGGUCUCCAACAAGUCCGGCUUGAGCAAGGUCGAGUUCGACGACAGCUUCCGCAAAGUCUUGGUCUCCGACAUUCUGCCGACGGCCGCCCCCGAGUUCAAGCAGAUCACGGAGGAUGGCACUGUGUUCCGCAUCUACCACAUCGGCAGCCUCGAGGUGCGUACCACGGAAGAGAAGUUCGGCGAAGAGCAGGUGGGUGUUCUGUUCUCGACCUCGGCACCUACCUGGAACCUGGCAUCGAAAGACAGGUCCCCGAGCAUCUCUGACGGCGAGAAGAUUCAGAAUUGUAAGGUCUACUUGGAAGCUGCUGAGGGUGAGGCGCAUGGCAACAAGCAACCACAUCAUUUCUACAUGGUUUGCCAAACGGCAAGCAAGAACUUAAUCGUCACCGAGAAGCUUGCAACGGGAGCCACCACAUGCGUCGUGAACCCUGCCAACGUGGAAGAUCGGAACUCGCUGGCAAAGCUGCUCUUCACUUCUGAUUGCCUAGAGCAGACAACGGUGCGCUCCUUGAAGACCCUUCAGGGCAACAUGGAUCGCAGCGUGCCAGGUGGCGCUAGCUUGUCCGCCCGCAAGCAGUACGUCAAGGCAGCUUUCAAGCAGGCCACUGGCAAGAGCUUCCACGGUAAGUGGGGUGGCUUCAUUCGACGAUACUCCGGCCCUGGGGUCUUCCUGGGCCGAACCCCUCUCAUGGUGCCGGUGGCAGGCAGCGGUCUAGGCUCGAAGAAGAAGUUCGACCUCCUCUCGAAAUCCAAGUGA